CCUUCAUAGCAUCACAUCAGAUCCCAGGUUGGAGUUGUGUUGACAGUAGUCAUGGCAGCAUCUGCACAGGAGAUGGCACCCUGGCAGGUGUACCUUGCCAGUGGCGCUAACCGGCUCUCCCAUGACCACAGAGGGGGACGCUGGAACAGCGUUUGCAGUGGUGCAGGAGGAUAUGGAACCCGCAUCUCAAUGGAAUAUGCAUCAAGUGUCCCUGUGAGCGUCACCAAUGUCUCAAACUCCCUGUGUCUCAAUGAGAGGGAGAAUAUGCAAGAUCUUAACGAUCGCUUCGCCUCCUACCUGGAAAAGGUACACCAACUAGAGGCAGCCAACGCUCAGCUUGAGCUACAGAUCAAGGAACAUCUGGAGAGAAGCUUCCUUGGUGACCGUAAAGACAUGGAUGGACACUUGGGGAUAAUCGAUAACCUUCGGAACCAGAUUUCUGAAUGGUACACAACCCAUGCCCAACUCAGGCUGCAGGUCGCCAAUGCUCAACUGGAAGUCUAUGGCUAUAAAUACAAGUGUGAACAGGAGGAGAGGCGUCUCUUGGCAGCGGAGGCAGAGCUGAGCCACCUGCAGAGUAUUCAGCAUGAGUUCAUCGAUAGGGAAGGAGAUCUGUACAUCCAACUGGAUGGAAACCUGGAGGAAAUGGACCUCCUCAAGAGCAACCAUGAGGAGGGAGUGCAGGGAGUGAUGGCCCAGAUGUCUGGGUUGGUUAACGUGGAGAUGGACUGUGCUCACUCAGUGGACCUGAAUGAGAGUCUCAGUCGCCUAAGGGAGCAGUGUGGGUCGAUGGUCCUGAAGAACAAAACAGAGGCUGAGAGCUGGUUUCGGAGCAAGGUGGACAGCAUGAAGACCCAGGUGACCGUCUGUUCCGAUGGGUCCGAGGUUAGGCAGACAGAGAUAGAUGACCUAAAGAGAAAAGUCCAGGACCUAACUCUGGAGUUGCAGCUAUUGGAGACCCAGAAUCUGUCAAUGGAGAGGGACGAGAUGGAAGUGAAUGAGCGAUACAGUAUUCACCUCAGUCGGCUUCAGCAGCACUUAGACAGCCUGGAGGUGGAGCUGCUGCAGCUAUGUACAGCCACAGAGCAGCAGGCUGUCCAGUACCUGAUGCUACUGGACAUCAAGACCAGGCUGGAGAGGGAGAUUGCUGAGUACAGGAGACUGCUGGAUGGAGGGGGAGCCAGGAAAUCAAGCCCCAACGCCAUGGCUAGUGUCACGUCUCACUGUGCAAUGAGCAAUGGAACUGCCUUCCAACACGUCUUCAUGCCAAUUCAGAGUUCCUCCAUUAGUGUACCAAGAGCAAGUGUACCAAUAAUUUGUGUACCAAGAGCAAGCGUGUCAAGUAUUAGUGAGACCUCAAGAGAGACCUCAAGCAAUUUAGAAAACGGAGGACAAGUGGUAGGUGCAGCCAUUGGGGAGCAGGUUACCUGUGUGCAGAAAGUGUUUCUGUAUAAUGCCUCCGAUAAAACAGUGCAGAGUGUACAAACUUCCAAUCAGGUUAGCACUGUAAAAGAAGUCCAAAGCAAGUGUUUAGAAAGUGGGCAUCGGGUUGGAUAUUCAGAGAGCAGCGCUAACACCACCUUUGCACAACAUGGAUCUAGCGCUAACACCAGCUCUGCACAACAUGAUGCUAGCGCUAACACCAGCUCUGCACAACAUGGAGCUAGCACUAACACCAGCUCUGCACAACAUGGAGCUAGCGCUAACACCAGCUCUGCACAACAUGGAGCUAGCGCUAACACCAGCUCUGCACAACAUGGAGCUAGCGCUAACACCAGCUCUGCACAACAUGGAGCUAGCUCUAACACCAGCUCUGCACAACAUGGAGCUAGCACUAACACCAGCUCUGCACAACAUGGAGCUAGCGCUAACACCAGCUCUGCACAACAUGGAUCUAGCGCUAACACCAGCUCUGCACAACAUGGAGCUAGCGCUAACACCAGCUCUGCACAACAUGUAGCUAGCGCUAACACCAGCUCUGCACAACAUGGAGCUAGCGCUAUCACCAGCUCUGCACAACAUGGAGCUAGCACUAACACCAGCUCUGCACAACAUGGAGCUAGCGCUAACACCAGCUCUGCACAACAUGGAGCUAGCGCUAACACCAGCUUUGCACAACAUGGAUCUAGCGCUAACACCAGCUCUGCACAACAUGGAGCUAGCACUAACACUAGCUCUGCACAACAUAGAGCUAGCGCUAACACCAGCUCUGCACAGCAUGGAGCUAGCGCUAAAACCAGCUCUGCACAACAUGGAGCUAGCGGUAACACCAGCUCUGCACAACAUGGAGCUAGCGCUAACACCAGCUCUGCACAACAUGGAGCUCACGUUGUGAGUAGCGUUGAGAAUAAAACCACCACUGUCAGUAGAGUCAAUGACAGACCACUUGAUAAUAGCAGUGUGAUUAUCUCAACAGCUCAGAUUAGCGAAGAUGCAUCUCAGAUUAAAGACACAGAAGUUGUUCAGAUCACUAGUAGUGAUGUUGAUGUUACCAAUGUUAACUGUGGAGGAAAGACUGCUAGCAAGGUGAAUGAAGAAGAGAUAAGCAUUGCCGAUGACACAGUACAAGUUAGCAGUGUGGAGGCCGUAGUGGUGGUUGGUGUCAGUGAUGUAAAAAGCACAGGUCAGAUAAAAUGUAGGGAAACUGAGAUCCAGGAGAGAAGUGUGGAAAGUGAGACUAACAUUGGCAGUGAAAAUCAGAUUGUUAGUACUGUGCAUGAUGCUCGAAUGAUCUCCGCAGAGGAAGAAAACCAAUUCAGAAGUGAGGAGACUCAGAUUGACAGCAUGGAGGUUAGGAGUCAGAUGAAUAGCUGUCAAAUUGAAACUCAGAUCAGUGGAGUUCUGAGUGUUUCGGAAAGUGUUGCUCAGAUAACCCGUGUAGGAAAUGGCAGUCAGAUCAGCUGUGUUGAAACUGGAGCACAGCUCUGCUCCUUGGAGAUAAACAUCACAGAAAAUGAGGUUCAGCCAAGCAGUCAGCCAACAGAAGUAAAUAUCACCCAAUCGGAAGACAGAUUUGAGAUGAUAAAUGCUGAACAUGGAGAGCAUGUUAUUAUAGAGGAAACUAUCAUUGAGGAGACAAGCUGUAUAUCCAGUAAGAGUGACACUGUGGAGAGCAGCAGGGUUGAAAGCGUAGGACCGGUUGAUGAGCUGGAAGUCACAGCAGUAGUUGGUGAUGCCGACGACGAAGGUCAAACAAACUGUGAGGAGAGUAGAGGUCAGAUAAACAUUGCUCAGGGUGGUGACCUGACGAGCACAAUCAUAACAACAAGUGUGGUUGAAAUGAAGAGUGCUGAUGAGGCUGAUGACCUGACAAGAAGUGUGGUUGAGAUUAUCAGCACAGAAAUAUCAAUGGCAUCCAGCCCUGUGGAAUUUGAGGUUCCAAUUGUCCACAGGGAGUACAGAGCUCAAACCCCCUUGAUGGAGAGUGAAGGUAUGAUUAGCAGAGAUGUUCAAAUGAUUGACCACGUCUCUACAGGUGACAUAAGCACUGUGGAAACUGUAGUAGUCUCGUUCCCAUCCGUGUCUCAGACAACUGACAGCGAUAAUGCUAACAGCAUGGGAUGCGAGGCUAAGGAAACUGUGAUCCAGGUGAAGAAAGUGGAAGGUCCAGUUCCAAUCAGCAGUGCAGAACAUCGGGGUCUGAUCACCAAUGUUGUACAGAUUAGCAGCGCUGCAAGUGACAAUACGAUCAGCAGUGCCACAGGUGUAGCGGUAAAAGUGCCAGCUAGCACAAUGGCAAGUGCAGUGGAGAUCAUCAGUGAUAUGAGAAGUGGAAGUAUGAUAAGUACUGGAGGUAUGACUAGUGUAGGCAGUGGUGGUUUGAUCAGCAGGACAGAAAGUGGCUAUAUGAUGAAUAAUAUGGUAAGUGGACAGAUGAUAUCUAAUGCAGGGAGUAGACACAUGGUAACUAGUGCAGGAAGUGGACACAUGAUAACUAGUGCAGGAAGUGGACAGAUAUUAACUAGUGCAGGAAGUGGACAGAUGAUAACUAGUGCAGGAAGUGGACAGAUGAUAACUAGUGCAGGAAGUGGACACAUGAUAACUAGUGCAGGAAGUGGACACAUGUUAACUAGUGCAGGAAGUGGACACAUGUUAACUAGUGCAGGAAGUGGACACAUGUUAACUAGUGCAAGUAGUGGAGGAAGUGGAGAAUGGUUGGUUUAUGGUGGAGGUACAGGCAGACUCAGUGGUCCAGGUAGUGGAGGCAGACUCAGUGGUCCAGGUAGUGGAGACAGACUCAGUGGUCCAGGUAGUGGAGGCAGACUCAGUGGCCCAGGUAGUGGAGGCAGACUCAGUGGCCCAGGUAGUGGAGGCAGACUCAGUGGCCCAGGUAGUGGAGGCAGACUCAGUGGCCCAGGUAGUGGAGGCAGACUCAGUGGCCCAGGUAGUGGAGGCAGACUCAGUGGCCCAGGUAGUGGAGGCAGACUCAGUGGCCCAGGUAGUGGAGGCAGACUCAGUGGUCCAGGUAAUAGUAACGGCAGUGGAGUCUGGACCCAUGUGAAUUCUGAAAGUGUCUCUCAGUUUAACAGAAACACGAGCAAUGAAAGGACUGGUAGACUUAGCAGUGCAGGAAGUGGAGAAUGGAAGGUUUAUAGUAGAAGUAAUGGACAGAUCAGUAAGGCAGGAAGUGGGGGAAGAAUCAGCAGUGCUGGAAGUGGACACAUGAUCAGCAGUGCUGGAAGUGGACAUAUGAUCAGCAGUGCUGGAAGUGGAGGUAGACUGAGAAGCAGAAGCACAGGAAGUGGAGGUGGACUAAGUAGUGCAGGUAGUGGACAUAUGAUCAGUAGUGCAGGAAGUGGAGGUAGACUGAGUAGCAGUAGCACAGGAAGUGGAGGUAGUGGACAUAUGAUCAGUAGUGCAGGUACUAGUGGACAGAGAAUUAGUAGUACAGAGGGUGGUGUCAGGAUCAGCAGUGGGGGUAGUCGAGUGAUUACCAGCAGUGGUGGUCCAGCCAGCAGCCCCAGCAGAGUGACCAUCAGGAACACAGGAAGCGGAGGCGGUGGAGGCAGAGAGCGGAUCAGCGUCUGUAAAAUGGCUGCCCUCUCCAUAUCAGCUGCCGUGAAAGAAAGAGAAAAGGCCCAGGAGGUCAGUCGGGAAUCCUACACAAAACGGGUGUCAGCCACCAGUCCUCGGGUCCAGCGGUGGGUGAGAACAUCGGUAGAAGAAACUGGACAAGAGUAAAACUGAUGACGACAGUGUGCCAUUCUGAGUGGACAGAGGAGCAAGGCAUAAUGACAAAAUAGUCACACUACUUAUAGUUAAUACAUAUCUAUUACAUUGCAUUCCAUCAAAGGAGCGUUAAUACCUUUAAAUGACCAGUAUCACAAUGCACCUUCAUGUUAGAAAACGUGUUUUCACAGGAUCUCUGUCUGCAAUAAUUCCUGUUUACUGUGCCUUUCAUCAUUGCUGUGAAUAAGUAAUGCACUGAGUUUUCUGUUUGAACAGAAAUCUAUAAAGUUCUGAAAUAUACUCUGACAUAGUUAUAGGGACGCAGGGGUGAUGCAAUUUGUUCUACGCCAAACAAUUUGAUCUUAUUGGAUUCGGUUUCCUUGUAAAGCGCUUACACUUACAUUUAUCCAGAAGAUGUCAGUAUAUGCAUUUAGGUGAUCAGUUGUGGAGACGAGUCAGCUAGUCAUCUCAUUUGACACAUUUACGCAAGUUAGUAUAACUUGUAGAUUUUAUUUUAGUAGUUUGAAGUCAAUGUAUCAAAGCUUAAAUAAAGCUUCUGAUGACUUAUUACUUUAUAUUGUUUUUAAUGAUGAAUAAAAUAUUUUACUGUUAUUACUUCACACU